ACUUUUUUGGGCACGUUGGCACUUUGGAGUUUGGAGUUUGGAGUCUCCAAAUUGAAGACACGGAGACACACUUAUUUGUCAGUUGUCAGCUUGCCAUUUGUCAGGCUGGCCAGUAACAGAUACAAAAAUAAAUGCUCAAUAAUAUUGCAUUGAAAUUUCUUUCGUUCAAGUUAUUUUCGCAUUUUUUAACAAAAAAUUUAAAGAGGACGAUGGCUGAUUCGAUGGACGUUUUUAGCAUCAUUGAAAAUUUAGCUAAAAAUCAGUACAAAAAGGUUUACCGAGGCGACGUGCAAUAUGGAACCGCUGGCUUUAGAACAAGAGCCGAUCACCUUGAUCAUGUAUUGUACAGAAUGGGAUUGUUAACGGUUUUGAGAUCUCAAGCAAAAAAAGCUGUCAUUGGAAUAAUGAUAACAGCAAGCCACAAUCCAGAGGCAGAUAACGGAGUUAAGCUUGUUGACCCUCAAGGUGAGAUGUUGGAGGCAUCCUGGGAAGAAAUCGCGACCAAGUUUGUCAACGUUGAUGAUGACAAAGUCGUCUCAACUCUCCGAGAAAUCAUAAAACAGGAGAACAUUGACACAAGUUUUCCUGCAUCUGUCAUUAUUGGCAGAGACACGAGAAAGAGUAGUUUGCCAUUGUCUCAGGCUGCAAUUGCCGGAAUCAAGGCUAUGAAUGGGAAACUACAAGAUUUCGGAGUCGUCACGACACCACAGCUCCAUUACUUAGUUGUCUGUACAAAUACAAAUGGUACUUAUGGAAUACCUACAUUAGAUGGUUAUUAUGAGAAAAUAAGCAAGGCCUUUAAGACUGUGGCAGGCAUGACAAAUGAUAGGGACAAGUACUUGGCUAGGCUACAAUUGGAUGCUGCUAACGGGGUUGGUUCUAUGGCUAUCAAAGAGUUUAAAACCCGACUUUCUGGUGUGCUCGAUAUUGAAAUUUUCAACAGCGGUGAUGGAGAACUCAAUCUCAAUUGUGGAGCAGAUUAUGUUAAAAUUCAACAAGUACCUCCACUGAACGUUCCAUUGCAACCGUAUGUCAGAUGCGUCAGUAUUGAUGGAGAUGCCGACAGAGUGGUUUAUUACUUCACAGAUGAUCAAAACAAAUUUCACCUUUUGGAUGGUGACAGAAUUGCUAUUCUGAUGGCUGCUUACUUGAAGGAGUUACUUUUACAAAGUCAUUUGGACGUGCAACUGGGACUGGUACAAACGGCCUAUGCUAAUGGAAGCUCUACCGCAUACAUCACCGACACUUUGAAAGUACCUGUGGCGUGUGUACCAACUGGCGUAAAGUACUUGCACCACAAAGCUUUGGAGUUCGAAAUUGGUGUUUAUUUCGAAGCAAACGGCCACGGCACUGUUAUUUUCAAGGAUUCGGCUGUUCAAAGGAUCCGAUCUGUGGCUUGUGACAAAAGUAUUCCUGAAAGUCAGCAGCUAGCAGCUCGGAAUCUGAGCCACGUAAUCGACGUGAUCAACCAGACUGUUGGCGAUGCCAUAAGCGACAUGCUUGUGGUCGAGCUUAUUUUAAGGGCCAAAGGUUGGGACGCGGCUGCUUGGGAGAAAAUGUAUCAAGACCUUCCGUGCAAGCAGGUGAAGGUCAAGGUUCAGGACAGAAAUGCCAUUACGACCACCGAUGCGGAAAGACGUUGCGUUUUGCCGAAAGGACUGCAAGAGCGAAUCGAUGAGAUUGUCGCCAAGUACUCGAAAGGAAGAUCUUUCGUUAGACCUUCUGGAACUGAAGAUGUCGUACGAGUCUAUGCGGAAUGUGAAAAUGCGUCUGAUAUCGAGAAAUUCACUGCCGAAGUGUCGCUGGCUGUGUUUCAAUUGGCUGGAGGAGUUGGAACCGAACCUGUUGUGCCAUCAUAAAAGCAAGAAUGAUGUUUUUUGCCAAUUGUUUGAUUGUGAUUGAAAUUUUAUAUUGUUACUACUUGCAUUUAUAUUUUUACAUGUCAGAUCAUUUGAUUUUAUACAUCAACUCAACAAAGAUUUUUAGCGAAAUACUAAGAUGUAUAUUUUAAGUGAUCUUGGAUAAAAUAGGCAUCUACCGUGUUAUCAUUUAACUAAGAAUGUGUUUUAAGAAGCUUUAUCAUUGAACAAGAAUGGUUUGUAGUAAUUUCAA